CAAAGGUUCUUGACAAAGUGGUCCACCUAUCUACGUUGGGUCUCACCAAUGUAGAGGGGAAGCACUGGAUACAAUAGAUAAUCCCAACAGAUUCACAGGUGAAAUGUUGCCUCACCUGGAAGGCCCUGAAUAGAGGUGAGGAAGGACGUGAAUGGGCAGGUGUAGCUCUUCUGUUUACAGGGAUAAAUGCCAGAAUGGAUAUUAGUGGGUAGGGUUGAAUGGAUAAUGAAAUCAGAGAGAGAGUGUGGGGGUGGGGAGGUAAAAAUGUGUUAUAUAUAUCAAGCUUGCCUAACCAACCAAGUUUAAGUAUUUUCUUUUAUUUCAGAUUUCUAUUAUCUGCAGUUUGUUACCAUGACAUUUUUUCAAAGAUCAAAUAUAAAGUUAGCAAACUGAGCACCAUUUGUUGAAGCUAUCUUUAUUUCUCAAAUAAUUCAAAUGUUUGAUCCAAGCUUUAGCAGCAGUAAACUCUAGUUUCCAUUUAAGCAAUUAUGAUUCCUCAUGCUGUAUACUCCACACUUCCCUCUGCAAUUGAAUACUGGACUUCUUAAAAGAAAGGCCAUAGUCAGUCCAUGUGGGCAGCAACAUCUCCUGUCCCAUUACACUGAGCUCUAGUGCUCCCCAAGGCUGUGUCCUUAGUCCACUGCUGUUCGCACUGCUAAUGCAUGAUUUUGUCGCAGGAUCCAGCUGAAAUGUGUCAUCAAAUUUGCAGAUGACACAACAGUGGUUGGCCUUGUCAAUAACAAUGAUGAGACAGACUAUAGAGAGAAAGUGGAGUGGCUGGUGGAUUGGUGUGAGAAGAACAAACUGAACCUGAAUGUGGAGAAGACAAAAGAAAUCAUAGUGGACUUCAGGAAGAUACAAACCAUCCCCCUCUGCGAAUACAUGGUUCCUCUGUAGAGUGAUUUAAAUGCACCAAGUUCCUGGGAGAUCACAUCACAGAUGAUCUCACCUGGUCCCUUAAUAUCACCUCCCUGAACAAGAAGGCGCAGCACUUUCUAGAAGAUUGAGUAAAGCAAGGCUCACACCUGCCAUCUUAACUGCAUUUUACAGGAGCACCAUUGGGAGCAUACUGACAAAUUGCAACUCCAUCUAGUAUGGAAGCAGUCGAGUAUCGGAUCUUAAGUCCUACAAAGGACUGUGAGGACAGCUAAGAGGAUCAUAGGGGUCACCCUACCAUCCAUUGGGGACAUUCAUCUGGAGUGCUGUAUACGCAGGGCCCUUGGUAUUAUUAAGGAUCCCACCUAUCCAUCCAUCCAGCGUCCUCUGAUUUUCUUACCAUCAGGCAGGAGACUCCGAUGCAUUAAAAAUACGAACAGGAUGAGAAACAGUUUCUUCUCACAGGCCAUUAGGCUUCUGAACUCCUGGCUGCAUAAUAGUUGAUAGUUUAUAAAUUGGGAGCUAAGCAAAUCACUUCGUCUGCAUACCAUCCAGAAUCGCAAGGUGCCUUGGAGAGGUUUCAUUCUACCCUCAAGAAUAUGAUUAGGACAUAUUGUGUGGAAAAUGUAAGUGAUUAGGAUGAGGGUAUAAAUUUACUUUUAUUUGCAGUAAGGGAAUCGGUACAAGAAUCUUUAGGUUUUAGUCCUUUUGAACUUGUGUUUGGGCAUAGAGUUAGAGGACCUUUAGUUUUAUUAAAAGAACAGUGGAUUAGUAAGGAAGUACACACUAAUUUGUUGGACUAUGUUUUGAAAUUUAAGGACAGGUUACAUAAAGCUUAUAGCUUAGCCAAGGAAAAUUUGAAAUUGGCUCAGGAGAAAGUGAAAACUUGGUAUGAUAAAGAAGCUAGGAUGAGGAUGUUUAAGCCUGGAGAUAAGGUGCUGGUUCUUUUCCCAGUGCAAACGAAUCCUUUACAAGCUAUAUUUCAUGGUCCUUAUGAAAUUAUGUCUAAAAUCAAUUAUGUGGAUUACGUGAUAAGAACUCCAGAUCGUAGAAGGCCAACACAACUUUGCCAUAUAAAUAUGAUAAAACCAUAUUAUGAGAAAAAAUCUGAUACUGUGACGGUUGUGGUUAAUGAUAAUGAAUUUGAUUUAACUAGGAACAUGAUAGAUGAUUCAUCUGAAUUUCAUUCUAAAUCCAACAUUGUUUCUGUCAGGUUACCAAACUCAACCAUUCUGGAAAAUAUUGAUGAGAAACUAGCACAUUUACAGCCAGAGCAGAAACAGCAGAUGAAGAAAUUAAUUUUUAAAUAUAAGGAUUUGUUUCCAGAUGUUCCGAGAAGGACUACUAUAGCUUCACAUGAUGUAGAUGUUGGAGAUGCCAAACCUAUUAAACAACACCCAUGUAGGAUGAACUUAGAAAAAUGUGAACUUGCUGAGAAAGAAAUUGAAUAUAUGUUAGAGGAUAAUAUUAUUAGACAUUCUAACUCGAAUUGGAGUUCACCCUGUGUUAUGGUGCCAAAACCAGAUGGUAGUAUUAGGUUUUGUACGGACUAUAGGAAGGUGAAUGCUGUAACGAAAACAGAUGCAUAUCCAAUUCCUAGAGCAGAUGAUUGUGUAGAUAAAGUUGGAAAAGCAAAGUUCCUUACAAAGAUUGAUUUAUUGAAAGGGUAUUGGUGUGUUCCACUAACGGACAGAGGUAGAGAGAUUUCUGCAUUUGUAACUCCAUCUGGGCUAUAUGAAUAUAAUGUUCUUCCAUUUGGGAUGAAGAGGAUGAUUAACUCUGUGAUUUAUGGAUUGAAAGAUACUGAUGCUUAUAUUGAUGAUCUGGUGACAGGAAAUGAUACUUGGGAAGCACACAUUAUUGCGGUGGAGAAAUUGUUUGAAAGGCUUUCAAAAGCUAACUUAACUAUUAAUUUAGCUAAGAGUGAAUUCGGACAUGCCACUGUGACUUACCUUGGUUAUGUUGUGGGUCAAGGUAAGGUAGCUCCUGUUCAGGCAAAAGUUCGGGCAAUUUUAGAGAUUCCCACUCCAACGGGGAAAAAAACUCUCAGAAGAUUCUUGGGAAUGGUAGGAUAUUAUCGGAAAUUUUGUAAGAAUUUUGCUAAUGUUGCCCUUCCAUUUACUAACCUUUUGCAGAAGAAUGUGAAGUUUGUGUGGACAGUGCCUUGUCAAGAAGCAUUUGAAAAAUUGAAAACUAUGAUAUGUCAACAACCUGUGCUCAAGGCACCUGACUUUGAAAAACCUUUUUCAUUAGCUGUAGAUGCUAGUGAUGAAGCUGCAGGAGCGGUAUUAAUACAAAGGAAUGAGGGUGAUGAGGUUGAUCAUCCAGUAGCUUACUUUUCUAAGAGAUUUAAUAAGCAUCAAAGAAACUAUUUGACAAUAGAGAAGGAAUUAUUAUCUCAUUUUAGCUUUAGAAUAUUUGACGUAUAUGUUGGUACAACUCAAAAACCACUUAUUGUUUACACUGAUCAUAAUCCAUUAGUGUUUCUGAGUGAGAUGAAAAACAAAAACCAAAGGUUAUUAAAUUGGAGUUUGAUGUUACAAGAGUACAAUAUUGUGAUAACUCAUAUUAAAGGUAAAGAUAAUGUGGUUGCUGAUUGUCUAUCUCGAUGUUGAAUGUACAAUGUAAUUUGUUUUAUGGAGUGAUUUUUUUUACAAUUGUAACACUCCUACUGUAUUGUAAGUUGUAAGAUGUUAUAUGAUACUAUGUAUACUGUGUAUGUUAUAAAAUUUAUACAUUUGUUUUUUUUCUUGUUACUUAUUAAAAUAUUGUUCUUGACAGACCAAAAAAUUUUUUUUUGGAGGGAGGUGUUACGUACCCGUGACAGUGGUGGUGGAAGCUAUACUGGACUUAAGGUAGUGGUCUUGUGAUGGUGGAGUGACAUCAUUUUCCCGCCAGUAGAGGUCAUGUGACAGGUUUUUUUUUACAGGGUAUAAAAGGAGGACCCCUCCCUGUGAGGAGGGGCAGUUCGUGGCUGGAUUUGCCAUUUUGAUUCCAUGCCACUGCGUGGUCCAGUAUUAUGAUGCAGUUUGGUUGAAAGAUGGAGUUUUAUUUAAUGCCUAAAGUUUAAAAGGUCAUUGCCGGCAGUUUCUUUAUAAUACUGCCAGUUAAAAAUCAGUGGAGAGUGAAGAUCGGAGUUCGGGAGUUAAAAGAUUGAGGAAACUCGAUUUCGACGGCGACACACGGUUGGACCUUGUUUGAUCCUCAUUUGGAAGGAAUUCAUUAGCUGUCCCUCUGAUAACCCCUGUGAAUAGCAGGAAGGGUUUGGGUACAGUUUUGCCAAGGAAAGGUCAGUGCCUUUAAGCCGUUUCAUUUUCCAUCUUCAUAAAUUCUCCGUGGGAAAAUUAUAGUUCAACUGGGAACCGCAGUGACACGACGUGAAAGAGAAUUUAAAUUGUCUAAAAAGUCUCUCCUUUAAUGGACUGUAAGCAUUUUGAACUUUUGCAGUACUACUUUGAAGAACUGUUUUUGUAACAUCGCUUUAAGAACUGUUUAAGCUGCUGCACAGCAGCUGAUUUCCGGUUACAUUAGUGAUUAGUUUACUUUUGGGGGUUUGUUUUUCAGUGUUUAAUAAAUGUUUUAUUUGUUAUAAAAACCCCUGCCUCACUUAUAUAUUUAUUGUUGCUGAAUCCGUAACAGAACAAACACCAGAUUUUGACACAUUGAUGGUGUGAUAAAAAGAAGUAUCAGAGCCAAAAGCUCAAUCAUCAACAUAUUAUUUAAAAAUUUAUAAGAAAUCAAUGAAUCAGGCUACAUAGAAGGGUUAUUGUCACUACAUUACAAUAGUUUGUGAUGUUAACAAUCUAUGCUCACUAUGGACAGUAACAAUUCCACACCCAUACUCAAAGUACUUAAUUGUCUCUACAUUCAUAUACUUGUUAUCUCCACAACAAAAGAGCAUGAGAACAAUUACUCUCAAUAGCAGUUACUUAAGAGGAAAUACAGGAGGAUGUUUCUCCUCUAGAUGCUGCAUAGACAUCCAAUACUCAAUGGUCAAUGUGCUGCCUUUAUGGCAGUUAUUUAGUUUAUAAUAUUUUCGCUUAGUAAUUCGUUUGUUAGCAUUCUAGUUAAAGUUAGGAUUGUUUAAAGUUGUCUGUGAGAUAUCGUGGCAUGCAAUGACGUCACAUCCGGUUUCACCGCGUCCUGUGGGAAAAUACCAGUUUGGAGAAACGGGAAGGUGGGGGUCGAGACAUGUGCGAGCAAGCGCCAGCAAAGUUUUCUCUCUACGCACCAGAAACAUUGUGAAAGCAACGCUGUGAGUUAUGAGAUAAUCGAUAUGUUGAAUUAAAAUGUUAACGCCGAUCCUGUUAAAAGUAACGACGGUCGAUAAUGUUUAUGUUUUCGUUAGUUAAAGAGUUGCGGAUAGUUUGCGUUGGAGUGUAUUUAAAGCAGUCAAUGGCAUAGGUCGGGGGUUGGCAACCCGCGGCUCCAGAGCCGCAUGCGCCUCUUUCAACUCUGUGCUGCGGCUCCCUGUGGCUUUGGAAAAUAAAUGAGUAUUUAAUUAAAAUGUAUUUUAUGUUAGUUUGUUAGUUUUUGAAAUGUAAUUCUAAAUUUGAAGAUUAUGGUGAUCUUGUACAAUCUAAAUAAAACGUGGCGACCCAUUUCCUGGCACAUCUGAACCGGCUCACAAUUUGCCAGCGUUCCGGCUAAGGGUGAUAGCCUACGCAGGUUUGUGAGUACGUGUCUUUUGGAGCAUCUGCGCCCACAGGGGGCAGGUUGAGAGAGGCUUAAAAGCAAGGCUGUGUAGUUCGAAUAAAGUUAUCUUUGACUGCAGUUUAACCACUCCGUGUUGUUAUUUUAGUGCUACGUGUAGCACACUGCUACAACAUGUUUUUAUCGCUAUUAAUAUACGUCACCACUGCCAAUGCCUGACACCCGCCAGUGCGCGAUUUCUUUUAAUUUUUCGAUCCAAGGUAGGCUACGAUGUAGUAACCUUCAACCCAACAUCUUUUUUUCGGAGUUCAAAAUGUUUUUGUUGCAUGCAGAAAUGUAAUUUCAUUUGCUCUGCAGGAGUUCAUCGAUUUCAUAAAUGCAACACAUUAUAGUUUGUUUAUGCAUAGCAUAAAGGCAAAAAAAACGUUGUAUGCAGUGUUAUUUCAUUUUAAAUGUCAAACGGGUUUUGUGGCUCCCAGUGUUUUCUUUUCUGUGGGAAGCGGUUCCAUAUGGCUCUUUCAGUGGUAAGGGUUGCCGACCCCUGGCAUAGGUAGAUUCUGACUGUAUGCUGCACUUUAAUGCAAUGUAGUUGUUGUAGUUUUACCUUGCAAGUAUUUAUGAUGUAAAUGUAAUAUCAAGAAGGAAACAAAUGCUGUACAAAUCUUGUAUUGUUUUAUCAACAGUUUUCACCAUACGUCAAUGUGGAAGAGUGAACAGUAAACAGUUAAUCUUACUGUGAUCCUGUCGUUAUUGACAAAGGUUUAACUCGGUGUUUAGCUCGGCGUUCCGUUACACCCGAGCGAGAACACUACAGUCAAAUAUUAUCACUGGGCACCACUAUAGUGCUGUUGUUUCAGCACAUGGUAAUGUUGAUCAUAAGAUAUAGGAGCAGAAUUAGGCCAUUUGGCCCAUUUGAAUCUGCUCUGUCAUUUCAUCGUGGCUGAUCCAAUUUUCUUCUCUGCUCCAAUUUCCUGUCUUCUUCCUGUAUCCCUUUAUGCCCUGACCAAUCAAGAAUCUAUCAACUUCUGCUUUAAAUAUACAUAAAGACUUGGCCUCCCCAGCUGCCUGUGGCAAAUAAUUCCAGAUUCACCACUCCCUUGCUGAAGAAAUUCCUCCUUGUCUCUGUUCUAAAAGGAUGCCCCUCUAUUAUGAGGCUGUAUUUUAUGGUCUUAGGCUCUCCAACCAUAGGAAACAUGCUCUCUACAUCAAGGCCUUUUGCCAUUCGAUUGAUUUCAAUUAGGUCACCCUUCAUUCUUCUGAAUUGCAGUGAAUAUAGGCCCAGAGCCAUUAAACACUAUGACAAGCCAUUCAAUCCUGAAUGUUUUGUAUCUGUAUAAACUUUUGAUAUCCUCUUUUAAUAUUACUGACUAGCUUACCUUUGUAUUCCAUCUUUACCUUCAUAAUUACUUUUUUAGUUGCCCUCCUGAUUUUUAAAAUCUUAUCAUUCCUCUCAUUUCCAACUAAUUUUUGCUCUAUUAUAUACCAUUUCCUUGGCUUUGACUUGUCAGCCACAGUUGUUUCAUCCUGCCUCAAGAAUGCUUUUUUCCUUGGACUGUAUGUAUCUUGUGCCUUCCAAAUUGCUCCCAGAAAUUCCAGCCAUUACUGCUCUGUCAUCAUCCCUGCCAGUGUUCUUUUCCAAUCCAUUCUGGCCAACACCUCUCUCAUACCUCUAUAAUUCCAUUUUAUUCCACUGUAAUACUGGUACACCUGACUUCAGCUUCUCAAAUUUUAGGGUAAAUAUUAUGCUCUCUAAUCAAUUCUAGUUUAUUGCACAACACCCAAUCCAGAGUAACUGAUCCCUUGGUGGGCUCAACCACGAGCUGCUCUAAAAAGCCAACUCAGGCAUUCUAGAAAUCCACUGCCCUCCCUCCCCCCCCCCCCAGAAUCCAGCACCAACCUGAUUUUCCCAAUCUACCUGCAUAUUGAAAUCCCGUGUCUACUGUAACACUGUAUUUUCUAUCACCUGUAUCAGCUUUUGAAGUUUGCAGACGACACCACCGUCAUCGGACUCAUCCAGAACAGUGAUGAGUUUGCAUAUCGACAGCAGGUGGACCAACUGGCGCUCUGGUGCAGUCAGAACAAUCUGGAGCUGAACACGCUCAAGACAAAGGAGAUGAUAGUGGAUUUCAGGAGACAUCCCCCCGUUAUGUCCCCCCUCACAGUUCUCAGCAGCCCUGUGUCCACCGCGGAGAACUUCAGGUUCCUGGGAACCACCAUCUCUCAGGAUCUGAAGUGGGAGCAGAACAUCAGCUCCAUCCUGAAGAAGGCCCAGCAGCGGAUGUACUUCCUGCGGCUCUUGAGGAAAUAUGGUCUGCCUCAGGAAUUGCUGCUGCAGUUCUACACUGCAGUCAUUGAGUCUGUCCUGUGCACCUCCAUCACUGUGUGGUUUGGAGCCGCCACCAAGCAGGAUAGAACCAGACUACAGCGCACAGUGAGGACUGCCGAGCGCAUCGUUGGAGCCUCCCUGCCCUCUAUUGUGGACCUGUACUCUUCCAGGUUGAAGAAGAGGGCGGGGAACAUCAUAAAGGACUCCUUCCAUCCUGCGCAUGGACUGUUUGAACUGCUUCCGUCUGGUAGGCGCUUCAGAUCCCUCCAGACUAAGACUAAUAGGCACUAGAGAAGUUUUUUCCCUACUGCUGUCACUUUGCUGAACAGUUAACUGCCGGUUAACUGUCGGCUAACUAUUACUUGGAUUGCACUACCUGUAUGUAUAAUCUAUAUUUUCAUUUAUAUUUAUCAUUAUUAUUGUUAUGAGCAGAGAGACAACAUCUGCCGGAAGUAAAUUCCUUGUAUGUGCACAGGUACUUGGCGAUUAAAGUCUGAUUCUGAUUCUGUUGUAAUGUGUAGACCACAUCCUUAUUACUGUUUGGGUGUCUUUUUACCCCUGCACUUCCUUAGCUCUGUUCACAAUGAUUCAAUGCCUUCUGACUUUAUAAUCACCUCUUUUUAAUUAUUUGAUUUCAUUCAGAGCAACACUUCCCCCUUUGCCUUCUUGCCUGCCCUUCUGAUACAAAGUGUAUAUUUGGCCAUUAACCUCCUAGCUAAAAUCUUCUUUCAGCCAUAAUUCAAUAAUGCAUACAACUUCACAAAUGCCAAUCUGCAUCUGUGCUAAAUGGGAUACAAAUUUUCAACAUAAUCAAUAACGAGACAAAUCAUGCAGUAAGUGGUGACCAUUUUGAUUACAAUGAAUCUACAUCUCACAAAUGUGCUCAUUUGGCUCUUGUUUAAAAACAAGUUACAAAGGAAAAAAACAGGACAAGUUCUGACUGCAAACUAGCAGCUGUAAUUGGAAAUCCUGCAUGCAGUACUGUCCCACUUAGGUUAUAUAAUACCCUGGAGAAAAUGUACAAAGGACAGUCAAUCAUGAUUAGAAUGUGUGAA